UCCUGCAGUAGAACUCCCAGGAGCCACCAUCAUGGUGAAGAGGAAGAGCUCCGAGGGCCAAGAGCAAGACAGCGGCCGCGGCAUCCCCUUGCCCAUCCAGACCUUCCUGUGGCGGCAAACCAGUGCAUUUUUGAGGCCUAAACUGGGGAAGCAAUAUGAAGCCUCUUGUGUGUCCUUUGAACGAGUGUUGGUAGAAAACAAGCUGCAUGGCCUCUCUCCGGCCCUCUCUGAAGCCAUCCAGAGCAUUUCCAGAUGGGAACUGGUACAAGCUGCUUUGCCUCAUGUCCUUCACUGUACUGCAACCCUGCUGUCAAACAGAAACAAGCUAGGCCACCAGGAUAAACUGGGUGUCGCUGAGACAAAGCUCCUUCAUACCCUGCACUGGAUGCUCCUGGAGGCCCCCCAGGACUGCAACAGCGAGCGUUUUGGGGGCACAGACCGAGGCUCCAGCUGGGGUGGCAGCAGCAGUGCUUUCAUCCACCAGGUGGAAAACCAGGGUUCUCCAGGGCAGCCUUGCCAAAACAACUCCAAUGAUGAAGAAGAAAACAACCGACGGAAGAUCUUCCAGAACUCCAUGGCUACUGUGGAGCUCUUUGUGUUUCUGUUUGCUCCUCUGGUACACAGGAUCAAGGAAUCUGACCUCACGUUCCGACUGGCGAGUGGGCUUGUUAUAUGGCAGCCCAUGUGGGAGCACAGACAGCCCGAAGUCUCUGGCUUCACAGCACUGGUGAAGCCCAUCAGGAACAUCAUUACAGCUAAGAGAAGCUCUCCCAUCAACAGUCAAAGUCAGACCUGUGAAUCACCAAAUCAAGAUACAAGACACCGAGAGAAGGGACUCCAGGUGGUCUCUGAAACGUCCCAGUCAGAUUCCAUCUCACCCAAGGCCACCAUUUCAGGCUGCCACCGAGGAAACUCCCUUGAUGGAAGUCUGUCCUCCCUGACUUCCCAGGAAAGAGGACCAUCGCAUUCCAGGGUCUCUCUCGUGAUUCCUCCGUGCCAAAGGUCCCGCUAUGCCACCUACUUUGACGUUGCUGUUCUUCGCUGCCUACUCCAGCCCCAUUGGUCUGAGGAGGGCACUCAGUGGUCUCUGAUGUACUAUCUACAAAGGCUGAGACACAUGUUGGAAGAGAAGCCAGAAAAGCCCACAGAGCCGGAUAUUCCUCUCCUGCCCAGACCCAGAAGUAGCUCCAUGGUGGCGGCAGCUCCCUCACUAGUGAACACACACAAAACCCAAGAUCUCACCAUGAAGUGUAAUGAAGAGGAAAAAUCUCUCAGCUCUGAGGCUUUUUCCAAAGUUUCAUUGACCAACCUACGUAGGUCUGCAGUCCCGGAUCUUUCUUCAGACCUUGGCAUGAACAUUUUUAAGAAGUUCAAGAGCCGCAAAGAAGACAGAGAGAGAAAAGGUUCCAUCCCAUUCCACCACGCAGGGAAGAGGCGGCCUCGGAGAAUGGGAGUGCCAUUCCUGCUGCACGAGGACCACCUGGAUGUGUCCCCCACCUGCAGCGCAUUCUCCUUCGGAAGUUUCUCUGGGCUUGGAGAAGACAGGCGAGGCAUGGAAAAAGGAGGCUGGCAAACCACCAUUUUAGGGAAAUUUAGCCGGCGGGGCAGCUCGGACGCGGCCACUGAGAUGGAGAGCCUGAGCGGCAGGCACUCCCACUCUCAUCACACGCUGGUGAGUGACCUGCCGGACCACUCCAACAGCCAUGGGGAAAACACCGUCAAGGAAGUGCGAUCCCAGAUCUCCACUAUCACAGUUGCAACCUUCAAUACCACAUUGGCGUCAUUCAACGUAGGCUAUGCAGACUUUUUCAGUGAGCAUAUGAGGAAGCUCUGCAACCAGGUGCCUAUACCUGAGAUGCCACAUGAACCCCUGGCAUGUGCAAACCUGCCUCGAAGCCUCACAGACUCCUGCAUAAACUACAGCUACUUGGAAGACACAGAACAUAUUGAUGGGACCAAUAACUUUGUCCACAAGAAUGGCAUGCUUGACCUUUCUGUGGUUCUGAAGGCUGUUUACCUUGUCCUUAACCAUGACAUCAGUUCUCGCAUCUGCGAUGUGGCACUGAACAUUGUGGAAUGCUUGCUUCAACUUGGUGUGGUGCCCUGUGUAGAAAAGAACAGAAAGAAGAGUGAAAACAAGGAAAAUGUGACUGUGGAAAAAAGACCAAGUGAGGGAACGUUCCAGUUCAAAGGAAUAUCUGGAAGUUCCACCUGUGGAUUUGGGGGCCCUUCAGUUAGCGGAGCUGGAGAUGGAGGAGGAGAAGAUGGAAGAGGUGGUAAUGGAGGAGGUGGAGGAGGUGAUGGAGGUGGAGGUGGAGGAGGAGGAGGUGGCCCCUAUGAGAAGAAUGAUAAGAACCAAGAGAAGGAUGAAAGUACGCCUGUAAGCAACCAUAGGCUUGCUCUAACCAUGCUCAUCAAAAUAGUGAAGUCUCUGGGAUGUGCCUAUGGUUGCGGAGAAGGACACCGAGGGCUCUCUGGGGAUCGUCUGAGACACCAGGUAUUCCGGGAGAAUGCCCAGAACUGCCUCACUAAGUUAUACAAGCUAGAUAAGAUGCAGUUCCGACAAACCAUGAGGGAUUAUGUGAACAAGGACUCUCUCAAUAACGUAGUGGACUUCUUGCAUGCCUUGCUAGGAUUUUGUAUGGAGCCGGUCACUGACAACAAGGCUGGGUUUGGAAAUAACUUCACCACGGUGGACAACAAAUCCACAGCCCAAAAUGUGGAAGGCAUCAUCGUCAGCGCCAUGUUUAAAUCCCUCAUCACACGCUGCGCUUCAACUACGCAUGAAUUGCACAGCCCUGAGAAUCUGGGACUGUAUUGUGACAUCCGUCAGCUGGUCCAGUUUAUCAAAGAGGCCCAUGGGAAUGUCUUCAGGAGAGUGGCCCUCAGUGCUUUGCUUGAUAGUGCUGAGAAGUUGGCACCAGGGAAAAAGGUGGAGGAAAAUGAACCGGAAUCUAAGCCUGGAGGUGGUAAAAGGUCAGAGGUAGGAAGCAUUGUGGAUAAAGGCCAGGUGACCUCUGCACCUGAGGAAUGUCGCAGCUUCAUGUCCGGUCGCCCCUCACAGACUCCAGAGCACGAUGAACAAAUGCAAGGGGGCAACAUGGGGCGGAAAGAUUUCUGGCGCAAGAUGUUCAAAUCCCAGAGUGCGGCGAGUGACACCAGCAGCCAGUCUGAGCAGGACACUUCAGAAUGCACCACUGCCCACUCAGGGACCACCUCUGACCGGCGCACCCGCUCACGGUCCCGUAGAAUUUCCCUCCGAAAGAAGCUUAAACUCCCCAUAGGUAAAAGAAACUGGCUGAAACGAUCCUCCCUCUCAGGCCUGGCAGAUGGUGUGGAGGACCUCCUGGACAUCAGCUCUGUGGACCGCCUCUCUUUCAUCAGGCAAAGCUCCAAGGUCAAAUUCACCAGUGCUGUAAAGCUUUCUGAAGGUGGACCAGGGAGUGGAAUGGAAAACGGGAGAGACGAAGAGGAGAAUUUCUUCAAGCGUCUUGGUUGCCACAGUUUUGAUGACCAUCUGUCUUCCAAUCAAGAUGGUGGAAAAAGCAAAAACGUGGUGAAUCUUGGAGCAAUCCGACAAGGCAUGAAGCGCUUUCAAUUUCUGUUAAACUGCUGUGAGCCAGGGACAAUUCCUGAUGCAUCGAUCUUGGCAGCCGCCUUGGAUCUUGAAGCGCCUGUAGUAGCCAGAGCAGCGCUGUUCCUGGAAUGUGCCCGUUUUGUUUACCGCUGCAACCGUGGCAACUGGCCAGAGUGGAUGAAAGGGCAUCAUGUGAAUAUCACCAAGAAAGGCCUUUCCAGGGGACGGUCUCCCACUGUGGGCAACAAGCGGAACCAGAAGCUUCAGUGGAACGCUGCCAAGCUCUUCUACCAAUGGGGAGACGCAAUUGGCGUCCGGUUGAAUGAGCUGUGCCAUGGGGAAAGUGAGAGCCCAGCCAACCUGCUGGGUCUCAUUUAUGAUGAGGAGACCAAGAGGAGACUGAGAAAGGAGGAUGAGGAGGAAGACUUUUUAGAUGACAGUACUGUGAACCCCUCUAAAUGCGGCUGCCCCUUUGCCUUGAAGAUGGCAGCAUGCCAGCUUCUCCUGGAGAUUACCACCUUCCUGCGAGAGACCUUUUCUUGUCUGCCCAGACCACGCACUGAGCCUCUGAUGGACUUGGAGAGCUGCAGACUUCGUUUGGAUCCUGAGUUGGACCGGCACAGAUAUGAGAGGAAGAUCAGCUUUGCUGGUGUCCUGGAUGAAAAUGAAGACUCAAAAGAUUCCCUUCACAGUAGUAGCCACACCCUCAAAUCAGAUGCAGGUGUUGAGGAGAAGAAAGAAGGGAGUCCUUGGAGUGCAAGUGAGCCCAGCAUUGAGCCAGAGGGAAUGAGUACAGCCGGCACGGAGGAAAAUUACCACAGGAACAUGUCAUGGCUUCAUGUCAUGAUCUUGCUGUGCAAUCAGCAAAGCUUCAUCUGCACCCACGUUGACUACUGCCACCCUCACUGCUACCUGCACCACAGCCGCUCCUGUGCCCGGCUUGUCAGGGCCAUUAAGCUGCUCUACGGAGACUCCGUGGACUCCCUCCGAGAGAGCAGCAGCGUCAGCAACGUGGCUCUCCGGGGCAAGAAGCAGAAAGAGUGCUCAGAUAAAUCAUGCCUGAGGACGCCUUCUCUGAAAAAGAGAGUUUCAGAUGCCAACCUAGAGGGGAAAAAGGACUCUGGAAUGCUGAAAUACAUCAGACUACAGGUAAUGAGCCUGUCGCCUGCUCCCUUAUCUCUGCUAAUCAAGGCAGCACCAAUUCUGACGGAGGAGAUGUAUGGAGACAUCCAGCCAGCUGCCUGGGAGCUCCUGCUCAGCAUGGAUGAGCACAUGGCGGGGGCAGCAGCGGCCAUGUUCCUGUUGUGUGCGGUGAAAGUCCCCGAGGCCGUGUCUGAUAUGCUGACAUCAGAGUUCCACCACCCUGAGACCGUGCAGCGGCUGAACGCUGUCCUUAAGUUCCACACGCUUUGGAGGUUUCGCUAUCAGGUCUGGCCCCGGAUGGAGGAGGGAGCACAGCAGAUUUUUAAGAUCCCGCCUCCCAGUAUAAACUUCACCCUGCCCUCCCCAGUGCUUGGAAUGCCAUCUGUCCCGAUGUUUGACCCCCCUUGGGUCCCUCAGUGCAGCGGGAGUGUCCAGGACCCCAUUAAUGAAGACCAGUCUAAAUCCUUUUCAGCCCGGGCUGUGUCCCGCUCCCAUCAAAGGGCAGAACACAUCUUAAAGAACUUGCAACAGGAGGAAGAGAAGAAACGUCUAGGUCGAGAAGCCAGCCUCAUCACCGCCAUCCCCAUCACCCAGGAGGCUUGCUACGAGCCCACCUGCACACCCAACUCAGAGCCAGAAGAAGAAGUAGAAGAAGUCACCAAUCUGGCAUCCCGUCGACUGUCUGUGAGCCCAUCCUGUACCUCCAGCACUUCCCACAGGAAUUAUUCCUUCCGCCGAGGGUCAGUCUGGUCAGUGCGUUCAGCCGUCAGUGCUGAAGAUGAGGAACACGCCGCCGAACACACGCCCAGCCCCCACGUGCCUCAGCCCCCUCAGGCUGUGUUCCCGGCAUGUAUCUGUGCAGCGGUGCUCCCCAUUGUCCAUCUGAUGGAGGACGGUGAGGUGCGGGAAGAUGGAGUAGCAGUGAGUGCUGUGGCCCAGCAAGUCUUAUGGAAUUGUCUAAUUGAAGAUCCAUCAACAGUUCUUCGACAUUUCCUGGAAAAACUGACCAUCAGCAAUAGACAAGAUGAGUUAAUGUACAUGCUGCGCAAACUUCUCCUGAAUAUCGGAGACUUUCCUGCUCAGACCUCUCACAUCCUAUUCAACUACUUGGUGGGAUUAAUCAUGUACUUUGUGCGGACCCCCUGCGAGUGGGGGAUGGAUGCCAUUUCAGCCACUCUGACUUUCCUGUGGGAGGUGGUCGGUUACGUAGAAGGCCUGUUCUUCAAGGAUCUGAAGCAGACCAUGAAGAAGGAGCAAUGUGAGGUCAAGCUCCUGGUGACCGCUUCAAUGCCAGGUACCAAAACCUUGGUAGUUCAUGGACAGAAUGAGUGUGAUAUCCCAACCCAGUUACCGGUCCAUGAAGAUACUCAAUUUGAAGCCCUGUUAAAGGAGUGUCUGGAGUUUUUUAAUAUCCCAGAAUCCCAGUCUACACAUUACUUUCUCAUGGAUAAACGAUGGAACCUUAUCCACUACAAUAAGACCUAUGUUCGGGAUAUUUACCCUUUUAGGAGAUCCGUGUCUCCACAGCUGAACCUUGUACAUAUGCAUCCAGAGAAAGGACAGGAGCUCAUUCAGAAACAGGUAUUCACUCGGAAGCUGGAGGAAGUGGGGAGGGUUUUGUUUCUCAUCUCCCUCACCCAGAAGAUCCCCAUAGCCCACAAGCAGUCCCACGUCUCCAUGCUCCAGGAAGACCUCCUCCGACUGCCCUCAUUCCCUCGAAGUGCUAUUGAUGCGGAGUUUUCACUCUUCAGUGAUCCUCAAGCUGGGAAGGAGCUGUUUGGCCUCGACACUCUUCAGAAAAGCUUGUGGAUCCAGCUCCUGGAGGAGAUGUUCCUGGGCAUGCCGAGCGAGUUUCCCUGGGGAGAUGAAAUCAUGCUUUUCCUCAACGUUUUUAACGGGGCUCUGAUCCUGCACCCAGAAGACAGUGCCCUGCUCAGGCAGUACGCGGCCACGGUCAUCAACAGCGCUGUGCACUUCAAUCACCUCUUCUCCCUCAGCGGCUACCAGUGGAUUCUGCCCACCAUGCUGCAGGUGUACUCUGACUAUGAAAGCAAUCCCCAGUUGCGUCAAGCCAUUGAAUUCGCCUGCCAUCAGUUCUACAUUCUACACCGGAAGCCCUUUGUGCUCCAGCUGUUUGCAAGUGUGGCCCCUCUCCUGGAGUUUCCUGACGCUGCCAAUACUGGCUCCAGCAAAGGUGUGUCAGCUCAGUGCCUGUUUGACUUGCUGCAGUCGCUGGAGGGGGAGACCACUGACAUCCUAGACAUCUUAGAGCUGGUCAAAGCUGAGAAGCCUCUUAAGUCAUUAGAUUUCUGCUAUGGAAACGAAGACCUGACUUUCUCUAUAAGUGAAGCCAUUAAGCUCUGUGUUACUGUGGUGGCAUAUGCUCCUGAGUCAUUCAGAAGUCUUCAGAUGCUGAUGGUCUUGGAAGCUUUGGUGCCAUGUUACCUACAAAAGCUAAAGAGGCAAACGUCACAAGUGGAGACAGGACCCGCUGCCCGAGAGGAGAUCGCCGCCAUGGCUGCUCUUGCGACAUCCCUGCAGGCCCUUUUAUACAGUGUAGAGGUCCUCACCAGGCCCAUGACGGCCCCCCAGAUGAGCAGGUGUGACCAGGGUCAUAAAGGGGCCACCACAGCCAACCACACCAUGUCGUCUGGGGUGACUACCAGGUACCAGGAACAAGGCGCCAAACUGCACUUUAUCAGAGAAAACCUGCACUUACUGGAGGAAGGGCAGGGCCUUCCCAGAGAGGAACUAGAUGAACGGAUUGCUCGGGAGGAGUUCAGAAGACCCCGGGAGUCACUGCUGAACAUCUGCACCGAGUUCUACAAGCACUGCGGGCCCAGGCUGAAGAUCUUGCAAAACCUGGCUGGGGAACCGCGGGUCACUGCCCUGGAGUUGUUGGACGUGAAGUCCCACAUGAGGUUGGCAGAAAUUGCACACUCCCUUCUGAAGUUGGCACCAUACGACACCCAGACAAUGGAGAGCCGUGGCCUUCGACGCUACAUCAUGGAGAUGCUCCCCAUCACCGACUGGACAGCCGAGGCAGUGAGGCCGGCCCUUAUCCUCAUUCUAAAGAGAUUGGAUAGGAUGUUCAACAAAAUUCAUAAGAUGCCUACUUUGAGGCGACAGGUUGAGUGGGAGCCUGCCAGCAAUUUGAUUGAAGGGGUUUGUUUGACACUUCAGAGGCAGCCAAUCAUAUCCUUCCUGCCUCACCUUAGGUCACUGAUCAAUGUCUGUGUCAAUCUGGUGAUGGGAGUGGUAGGACCCUCCAGUGUUGCUGAUGGAUUACCCCUUCUUCAUCUCAGCCCUUAUCUCUCACCACCUCUGCCCUUCAGCACAGCUGUUGUCCGGCUUGUAGCAUUGCAGAUACAGGCUUUAAAAGAAGAUUUUCCUUUAAGCCAUGUGAUCUCCCCAUUCACCAAUCAAGAGCGAAGGGAGGGGAUGCUUUUAAAUCUGCUCAUCCCAUUUGUGCUCACAGUAGGAUCUGGAAGCAAAGAUAGCCCAUGGCUGGAGCAGCCUGAGGUGCAGCUGCUACUGCAGACAGUCAUUAAUGUGCUGCUGCCUCCACGGAUCAUCAGCACGUCCAGGAGCAAGAACUUCAUGUUGGAGAGCUCCCCCGCCCACUGCUCCACCCCCGGGGAUGCGGGCAAAGACUUGCGCAGGGAAGGGCUGGCAGAGUCCACCAGCCAAGCAGCAUACUUGGCGCUGAAGGUGAUUCUCGUCUGCUUUGAGAGGCAGCUUGGCAGCCAGUGGUACUGGCUGAGUCUCCAGGUGAAGGAGAUGGCCCUGCGGAAGGUCGGCGGCCUGGCCCUGUGGGACUUCCUCGACUUCAUCGUGCGGACCCGCAUCCCCAUCUUCGUGCUCUUGCGCCCUUUCAUCCAGUGCAAGCUUCUGGCCCAACCAGCAGAGAACCAUGAAGAGCUUUCUGCCCGACAACAUAUCGCUGACCAGCUGGAACGGCGUUUCAUUCCACGCCCUCUGUGUAAGAGCUCCCUCAUUGCUGAGUUCAACAGUGAACUAAAAAUUCUAAAAGAGGCAGUUCACAGUGGAUCAGCCUACCAAGGGAAGACGUCCAUCAGCACCGUGGGUACCUCCACCUCUGCUUACCGCCUGAGCCUGGCCACCAUGUCGCGCUCCAACACAGGCACCGGCACCGUCUGGGAGCAGGACAGUGAGCCGUCCCAGCAGGCUUCACAGGACACCCUGAGUCGAACUGAUGAGGAGGAUGAGGAAAAUGACUCUGUCAGCAUGCCCAGUGUGGUAAGUGAACAAGAAGCUUACCUCCUGAGUGCCAUUGGAAGGAGGCGGUUCUCCAGCCACGUCUCCAGCAUGUCUGCACCUCAGGCUGAGGUGGGCAUGUUACCCAGCCAAAGUGAACCUAAUGUCCUCGAUGACUCCCAGGGCCUGGCCGCCGAGGGCAGCCUCUCUAGGGUGGCGAGUGUGCAGAGUGAACCCGGCCAACAGAACCUCCUUACUCAGCAGCCGCUGGGGAGGAAGCGGGGCCUGAGGCAGCUAAGACGUCCUCUACUAUCACGUCAGAAGACUCAGACUGAACCCAGAAACCGCCAUGGGGCUCGGCUGUCAACCACCCGCAGGAGCAUUCAACCUAAAACGAAGCCAUCUGCGGAUCAGAAACGAUCUGUGACCUUCAUCGAGGCUCAGGCGGAGCCAGCUGGUGCCCCAACAGACAUGCUUCCUGCCACAGGCCAGCCACAGGGCUGCAGCCCAGCCCCAUCCAGGAAACCAGACGGAAAGGACAAACCAGUGCUCACGUCUUCCCCCGCCACUGUUGUUGCUGACCUUCACAGCCUGUCUCCCAAGCAGGGUGAGAGCCUCCCAGCUGAAGAAGGAGAAAAGAAGGAGGACACAGAAAUACAAGGUGCUACAGCACAUAGUCCCCUCUCUACUCAACUCUCAGACCCUGAUGACUUCACAGGCCUUGAGACAUCUAUCCUCCUACAGCACGGAGACACUGUCCUUCACAUCAGUGAGGAAAAUGGCAUGGAGAACCCCCUCCUGUCCAGUCAGUUCCCUUUUACUCCCACUGAGCUGGGGGAGACUGAGGUAGACCUAGAUGAGUCUCAUGUUUAAUUCUGUACCUUUUAAGAGUUGUAGGUGUAGACAAGAUGUGGAAGGGAUCACUUUGCUAAAAGUUGAAAACUUGCACUUGGAAAAGAUGAAAACAUAGCACUUUACACUCAAUGGGUAGCACAAAUCCCAGUGGAUUUUGCUGUCGAUGUGCAUAUCGUUUCAUAAACAUCUUUUAAAAAUCAAUGGCUAAGAUGGUUUGGUUGUGUGAAGACCAUAAAAUCUAGGGAGGAAUAAAGGGAAAAAGCCAUUUCACUGCACAUUGUUUAUGAUUCAAGAAGCCUUGAGCAGUUGAAAAUGUAUACUAUUACAGAGCUGCUUACCUAGUAAUAUUAACAAAUAAUGUGUUCUAAAAAGAGAAAGCAAUUUUUUGAGGUUACAUUAUACAUCUCAUGCAAAUGUUUAUUUUUCUAAUUUCAAAAUCAUUAAAUCAGGUGGCUGUACAAGUAGCAAUUUACAUAAAAGUAAUCAAUAAGGAAAAUAUUAGUUUGGGGAAACUUGAUAGCAAAUAAGCCUGCAGCCAUUUUUUUUUUUUUUUUUUUUGAUCAACAAUACAGCCAUUUAGAAGAAGAAAAAAUACUAUUUUUAGAGCUGUGGACUUUUCAAUAUUUAUUUUUUAACUGUCAUUUUCAUUGCAUAUUGUAAAUCAAAAUGCUAAUGCCAUAAGAUCAUUCCAUUUCAUAACACAUUAGAGAAUAUUCUAGAAAUUAUCAGACAUAAUUCUGAACUAAGAAGAACCUAAAUAGCCUAUACUAUAAUAAAAAUUAAAUGUAAAUAUAAUAGCUAGAAAGAGAUGGUAUUCCUACUUCUAGUCUUGACUACAUCAAUGCCAAGAUUGGGAGAUACUGGGAAAUGUGAUUACUUUCCCUUACAGUGUCCUGUGCCUGCCCUUGAUGGCAUAUUUUCAGAUAUUAUAUUAAGGUUAGUGUUGUUAGAAUUGGUUCAAUGAAAUAACUUUUUCUCAAUGUUAACAAUAUUCAUAUCCUUUAGAUAUUAAGUUUAUGAAGAAAAAAUAUAAAGUGAGCAAUUUCUCUAUAGACAGAGCUUGUAUAUUUUACUUUAACUUGAAGUUCAGUUACUUCAAGAAAAGUAUAAAACUUGGCUUGUGAGGCUAUAUCUAGUGUGUUAUUGAUCCUAUAGCAGGGCUUGGCAUCAUGUAGUUCAAGAUUAAAUUUCAAAACUUUAACAGUUUACAUCAGAAAACUGUUACAUAACUUCUAAGUGUAUAAAAACUCAUAUAUAUAUAUGUAAAUUGGUAUGGUGGUGAGGUGGUGUGUGUUUUCUAGUCCUCAAGCUAAAGUUUAGACUGUGAUUACAUUGCAAUGAAUUUGGAACCCAUUCUGUACACUUAAACUUUGACUACAUUGGCUAUGAUAUGGUAUAUGUAUAUAUAAAGGAGACCUCCUAAACCCACCCAAAUCACAAAGGAAACUUAUUUUUCUCUUAGAAUUGCUUAUUAAACAGGCAUUGUUUUUAAUGUGAUAUAUACUUUCAAAUAUAAUUUGGGGUUUUGGUCUCAUUCACUAAUAGAAUGAAAGAUAUCUGUGAGUUAAAGGACAAAACUAAAAAUUUCAAAUCUAAAACUUCAGAAAGCAGAGGUGGUAAAUGGCCUCAUCUAUGUUUUACAAUAUUUUCAGGACAUUUACACUUAAUGCUGAGUUCUCAAAUGCAGAAAUAUACAUAUAUAAGUGGUUUUAUGAUUCUUUCUAAGCUGAUAUAUUUCGCCUGUUAAAAAUUAUGCUGCUCCCUUAGUGUUAGAGGCCUUAUGUUUGGUAAUUACAAGUGUCUGUGCUAUAUGAGUCUCUAUAUAUGUGCGUGUUUUGUUCCAGUUUCUUGAUUCUUGACUCAAAUUCUCUAUGUAUAAUCGUAUCAAAUAUUUAAAAAGUAAAAGGGUCAAAGAAGAUUGUUAAAUAUCUGACCAGAAUCCUAUAUACCUUUAUAUAUAUUUAAAAAGUAUUGGGAUGUUUUGAACAUGACUCUGCUGGCCUGUCUGCCUUUUACCCUGAUUCCUUCACUCUAGUGUUAUGGAAGUCUACUGGAAACUUUUUCAAUAAGCUAAGUAAUGUUGUACCUUGCAAAAAAGCCUCCACUCUGACAAACAGGGCCUUAUAGAGUGGGAAUGUUUUCAUACUGGGACUAUGGAGAUUUUGCAGAUGUGUACAUCUGUUCCAUUUAAGGUGCCCUUAAACGUGUUGAAUGUAAUGUGUUAAAUGUUUAUGUGUAAUUGAUAAAAUAUCUAUAUGUAUGUGCAUAAGAUUGUCACAAGAUGUAUUCUCAGGAAUACUGUUACCUGGAGUUUGAAGGAAUAAUUAUUUAAAAAAACAAUAAAAAGUCAGGCAAGAUUAGAAAAAGUUCAAGAUAAGUAACAAUUUUUUGUAAUUCAAAAUAUUAUUGAGUAUAUGACUAAAAGUUAAUUAUUACAUAUGAUAAAUAUAGUAUUGGUAAUAGAUCAUUUAUUAAGCUAUGAUUCUUAAUAUUUAUCUUGUUCAGAGGAAAAUUAAAACAGACACCUACUUCCCAUGUAUAAAAAAUUGGACUCAACCAAGAGGUUGCUUCUUCUGAAAUUAACUUUUGAGAGACCUUAGAAUAAGCAUGUGUCAUCCACGAUAGUGGGUGUAGAUUUACUCAGAUUCAAUUAAAGCAGUUCAAAUUCUGGAUACAGCAUUUUAUACAGCAAAACAUUUUACUUUCAUUUUUCAGUGUUUGCUGCUUUCUGUAAUUCUAUUAGAUAAGUUGUUUUUUUCCCAAAAGGAAACUGAGUUAUUGAGUGCAUUGGGGCAAGGCACUGAGAACUACGGUGUCAAAAGGCAUAAAUGGGCAUAGCAAUGCUGGAGGAAAAAAAAUUUGUGGAGUUUUGGGGUCUGAUUAGGGCCUGUUGGGUAGGCUGGACGUAACUGAUUUGCUAUUUCAAGCCUCCAAGAGUACCUUAGGCAGGAUGAUAUCUCCUCCUUCUUGAGUUAUCUAUCCCUCUGGUCAAUGAAAAACAUUCUCCAGUCUGCUGUCCAGCUCUGAGAGUAUCUGAGACAGGAAUAGAGUGUAUAUAGGGACCUACAGGGAAGAAAGGGUCAUAAAUAAAAUGACAGUCCAAAUUAGAAAUUAAAUAUCCUUCCUCAAGUUAUACAUGAGACUAAUAGUCUCCGGAAUUUGCUGCUAUCACACCUAGUCAUGCUGUUGCCCUGUGACCUCACACUUCCAAUUCCACGGCCUUGUCUUGGCAGUGAAUAGAAAGCCCCACCUCCUCAUUUACUUCAGUGGAUCCUAACUGCAGCAUUUCAGAAACAAAGUUUGGUUUGACACUCAGGAGAAUAAAAACAAGUUUAGGGCAGAAUGUAUCUGGAAAAACUUAAGACAAAUGUUCUUAUGUUAUUUUAGGAUCAUUUAGGAUUACAGAUCAACGUACCUCCAUAUUUUUCAAAAGUCACUGUGACUGCAGGAUGAAAAUCCUUUAUUAGCCAUUUUAUAGGUAAAAACAAAAGAUUGACUACACAGCCAACGUCCCUCAGAUGACUAUAAAGUUUGUUAUGAAUACUGAAUGACCAAAGAGCAUGGAAAAAAUGCAUAUGAAUAAAUACUGAAAUGUUUAUGAAAGAUAUUUAUGAAAGAUAAGACUUCUGUGUUUGAAUAUGCACAUAUAAUAAAUCUAAAAACAUUUAA